CUCCACCUACCUGCCUCUUGACCUCCACAGGUGGUUGGCCAUAAGAAGGGCCUGGAUGUGAUGGAGCGAGCCGACCCCCUUUUCCUACUCAUGGGGCUUCCCACCAUUCCGGUCAUGCUGGUCCUGGGCAAGAUGAUACGCUGGGAAGACUACGUGCUUCGAGUCUGGCGGAAAUACUCGAGCAAGCUCCAGAUCCUGCAUUCUUGGGUUCCGGGAACCAGCCGUCCGAUCCCAUCGAUACCUCUGGCCGAGUCACGCUACCAGAGCGACCACCUUUCCAUCUCGCGCACCUUGUGUGGGGCCCUGGUGUUCCCAACUAUUGCCAGCCUUGUGGGCCGGGUCACAUUUCGAAGAGUUAACUCCAACCUCCAGCGUACCAUCCUGGUGAGUCAGGAGACAAACCGAAAGAAAGAAAGCCAGGAUAGGCAGCAUUAAAUGUUUGGACUGCCU